GGAUUUCAGUGUGAUGUAUUGGAUGUAUUUUAAGGUCAGGAUUGACUUUUGGCGGGUGACUGACAUUCUCACAUGUAAAAUCAGAGGGAAGUAAAAUUAGUUCUAGGUCCCAUCUACAUUCACGUCUUCUCUAUUGAUCCAGGUUCGUUAUUUCCUCUUUAGUUUGACUUUUUCGCCUGGGGUCCAGUGCUAUGUGCUGGAGUAUGUGCCUCUGCCAAUAAGCAUGUACACUUUCCUGUCGCCUGGCCUCUUCCCCGUUUGCCUUUCGCUUUGCCUUUCGCGCAAACUCAGUGCGAAGAACCCUCACUUUUUUUUCUCCCUCCAAGCGCAGGCGCUCUUCCUGUCUCACUGCCGGCUACCUCUGGGAGUCUAUAGUGCGCAGGCGCGUGGUCUGUUUCCUUCCCUCUCCUCACCUUUCCCCCUUCCCCCCUUCCCUUUCACGAAGCCGGUUUCGGGGCGAGCUCAGUCUGCGGAGGAUACUGGACGCUGGAUUGGGGAGACACUUUUCCCACUCCCGAAAAUAAUGUACCAGCCAAGCCGAGGAGCGGCCCGAAGGCUCCGCCGCUGCCUCCGCGCCUACCAGGCCCGGCCUCAGGACCAAUACCCUCAGGCCCCACCAUUCCUACCCUUGUGGCUUACUUCACCAACAAUCACUCCUCCCUCAGCGUCUCCACAUCUCCGGCUUCCUCUUCUCUCAUUCCCUCCCAGCCAACUCUUCCCCCAAGUUCCCCAACAGCCCCUUCCUCAGGCCCAAGCUUUUAUAUCACCCUGGAUGGGUCUUCCCUCUGGGAAGGGAGAGGAUGAGCCAGGGCCAGGAUUGCAUGGGGGUUGCCUAGAUGGGCUUAGAAGCCUCUUUGAGGAAUUGCCUUGCCCCCACCCUGGGGCUCUGAUCCCAUUCCGGGCCCCUGGAAGUCCUCAUCCUGCUCCUGCCACUUCAUCAGGUAACCCCAGCAUGGAGGAACACCUAGCUGUCAUGCAUGAAAAACUGAGGCAGGAGCUCCCCAACCUGUUUCUUCGCUCCCAUGAUUACAACCUCUACUCAUCUGAUGUGGAAUUCAUCAAUGAGAUCCUGAACAUUCGAACCAAAGGCCGCACGUGGUACAUUCUGUCACUGACCCUCUGCCGAUUCCUGGCCUGGAAUUAUUUUGCUCAGCUACAGCUGGAGGUUCUUAGGUUGAGCCAACACCCUGAAGACUGGACACUACAGGCCCGUUGGCGACUUGUGGGUUUGCCUACCCAUCUCCUCUUCCUGCGUUUCUACCGCCGGGAUAAGGAUGAGCUUUACCGGACAUACGAUGCCUAUUCUACUUUCUACCUUAAUUCCGAAGGCCUCAUUUAUCGUCAUCGCCUGGAUAAACUGAUGCCCUCACAUUCACCUCCAAUGCCCGUCAAGAAGCUGCUGGUGGGAGCCCUGGGAGCCCUGGGCUUGGUAGAGCCAGAGGCAGAAGCUAGCUUACAUCUGUGUCCUAAGCCCUGAAUAAGGAUGAGGGGGACUUGGGCAUAGGUCUGUGUUUGCUCUGGGGGAGCUAGAGGCUACAUUGAGCACAUUAUUAUGCACAGGGGGAUGGGAUUGUAGGAAGGCUGUAGCAGGCCUAAUCUCCUCAUCCGUAACUCCCCAUCUUUUCUUUUCUUACCCAUUUUCCAUCUCAUGCUGUGUAGUUUAACUUGUACAUAUUAAAACUAAGUGAGGAUGUAAAAACCUUUAAUGUAACUCCUCUGCAUGUGUGAACCAUGUUAUCUACUAGUCCAAAUAUAAAAAUUCUCAAUAUCUUUAAUAAAUGGGAAACAUUUAAAAAAAACAAGAAAAAUCUGUACAAAGGAAAUUCGAGGGGUUAAAGGAAAGAUAGUUCCCUUAACCCAAUUCUUCCCGGGUCUUGCCAACUUUCUUGGGCAUUUUUUUGGCAUUAGGAUCUUCUAGCUCCCGGGCCUUGUAGUAGUGGGGAGCCACCUCUAGGAGCCAACUACUCUCAAUUUCUAAAACCUGGUAAGAGAAGGAAGAAGAAUAUGAAACCCCACAACAUUAGUUUCUAAUUUCCUCAUUGUGUCUAUCAAGGAGACUUAGACAUUCUAACAUUUUUAGAAAGACUGGGGCCAUUGCUGUUAGUCCUCAAAAGCCAGAGCCUAGAAGAUCUAGUUUUUCUUGUGAUUCAAUAUCUUAAGGGAAUUGCUCUUGAGAAGGCAAUAGAUGGGAGUUAACCCAGAAGAGUCUCCUUUCUAAAUUUCUGAACAGGUCCCAUAGGUAUUUGCCUUUUCUUAAAAUACAAAAAAACCAACUGGGAUGAUGGCCUUUUCCCAUAUGCCUACUUGAGGGACACCAAUCAAUGGGAAAGGGAUCUGAUGGUUUUACCUGUCUCAUAAAUUCCUUGGUUGUCAAAACAAGUUCAUGAUAGAGUAGCCAACGUGGUUGCUCCUCAAAAAGAGAGGAGUUGGGGUGAAUGAAGACAGUUUGUUGCUGCUUCACUGUGCGAUACCCACUUCGAGUCAGGCGUGCUGUGUGGUAGAAGUAGCCAGCAGUGAUGGCCUGAAAUGGGAGACACGAGAGAAACCUAACCAUUUGGUUCCUUCAUCGCUCCCAGCCACCCCAA